AUGUAUUCAGUCAUAUUUGUUUUACAGGAAUGCGGGGAAGACCAAAGGUUGUUAUAGAAGAAGACCAACUUAAAAUGCUUCAUAAUAUGAAUUAUACGGCUAAACAGAUGGCUCAGCACUUUGGAUGUUCUGCUAAAGUUGUUUACAAACGGUUGUAUGCUUGUGGUCUUCAUCAAAGGGAUAAAUAUUCCAAUAUAAUAGACGAUGCUCUUGAUAGUGUUGUAGCUCAAACACAGACAUCCUUUCCAAAUGCAGGAUCAGUUAUGAUGAGUGGAAUAAUUCAGGCAAAAGGUACUCUAGUUCAAAGACAGCAUCUUCGCAAGAGCAUAGAAAGGGUGAAUCCCAUACCUGUGGCUCAACGUUUUGCAAGGACUGUGUCCAGACGACAUUACCAAGUCAAGAUGAGCAACUCCUUGUGGCAUGUUGACGGACAUAUGAAGUUGAUCAGAUGGGGAAUAUCAACACAUGGAGGCAUUGAUGGUUAUAGCCGUUUGAUUGUGUUUCUUAGUGCAGACACCAACAACAAAGCAAAGACAGUAUUGAGGCAUUUUGUCAAGGCCUGUCAGAAGUGUGGUGUACCAUCAAGAGUAAGAUCUGAUUUUGGAGGUGAAAAUUUAAUGAUUGCUCUCUUCAUGAACCUGUUCAACGGAGCAAACAGAUACAGCCAUAUAACUGGUAGAUCUGUGCAUAACCAGCGCAUAGAAAGACUAUGGCGAGAUGUCUUUACUCAAGUGAUAGAAAAAUACUAUAACCAGUUUUAUAGCAUGGAAGACCAAGGAGAACUAGACAUAGACAACACCUUGCACCUGCUUGCUUUGAAGUUUGCCUUUGUGCCAGAUAUAAAUGACAGCUUAAACACCUUCAAAAGAGGUUGGAACAAUCACAAGAUCUCAACAGCCAACAAUCUGUCUCCUAAUCAACUUUGGUUGAAUGGUGUCCUUGAUAAUGUCAAUGAUUCAAGUAGAGCUGUUCAGAAUUUGUAUGGCAAUUCUCUAGCAGAUACCUUUGAAGACAGGAUUAGAGGCUAUGGGCUUGAUCCGGCAGAAUUCACAACUGAUGCUGAGACAGAGGACACAGUGUUGAGCACAGAACAGACACAGUGUCUGGUGUCGAUGUUGAAUGUACGUCCUCAACCUAUUCCGAUUCUACGUUAUCGAUGUUGUCUUAGUUACUUUGAAGAAAAUAACAUCCAUUAUCCCUAACAUCCAUUGAGUGACAGUCAGAGUCAUGGAAUCAACAAAACACAAGUUUUCAAAGUAGCUCUUUCGCUGUGACCAAUUUGAAUGAAACUUGGUACAAGGGUAGCUUAAGGGAUGGAUUAAAGUAGGAUUGUAUAUGAUAAUGAUGUAAAAUAUGAAAGUCACUUAAUAAAAUAUAAACUUUU